AUGACUUCUCAUCCAUAUUACCCACUCGGUGUGGAAAUCAAAGACUACCAACCCAACGACAGACCUCUGUUGGAACUGGUGGGAUAUUUUUCUCUUGGGUUAGCAGGUAUUAUUGGGAUCAUUUUUGCCACGGCAUUAUAUACGCGUCCAUCCAUGCCUCGUGGCGAUAGACUGAGCAUAUUGUGGUUUGCGCUGUCUGGUAUUCUCCAUUGUUUCUUUGAGGGCUACUUCGUUGUCAACCAUCAGCGUAUGGGACCGUCUCAGGAUCUUCUCGGGCAGCUUUGGAAAGAAUAUGCAAAAUCCGAUUCACGAUACUUGAUCGCCGAUCCGUUUGUCGUUAGUAUCGAGGCAAUUACUGUGGUCGUUUGGGGUCCGUUGUCUCUUCUGGUUGCAUUUCUUACAACCAUCCAACAUCCUUUAAAGCACCCAUUGCGAAUUAUCGUGUGCGUGGCACAUCUGUACGGUGAUAGUUUGUAUUACGCCACUAGUCUUUUCGAUCAUUACGUCAAUGGUAUCCCAUAUAGCCGACCGGAGGCUCUUUACUUCUGGGUGUACUAUGUAUUUAUGAAUUUUAUCUGGAUUGUGGUUCCGGCUGGACUUCUUUACAGUAGUGUUCGCACCGUAUCGAGAGCUCUUCAGACCUUUGAUCAGGUAUCAGAACAGAAAAAGGCCGAUUAG